GUGUGUCUGCGCGUUCCAUUGUUACAGAUCAGAGACCAGAAGGGAGGGACCCGCUUUUCCCGUGCUGAUGCUCCAAGGAGACUCCAGUUCUUUCCCCCAGCCGCCGCCGCCGCAGCAAAAUCUCGGUGCCAAAGAGUCCCCCGGCCGCCAGCCCGCUCUCUCCCGCUCUCGGUGCCCGGGGACUGCCUCCCCCUCUGCUCCUGGAGGAGAGAAGCAAAGACAUGGAGCUUUGCAACUUGCACCAAGCUGGGACCAUCUGAUCGCAGCAGCAACGUGGACUGGAAAUUAACCAGCCCUUUCCCCCUCUUUGCAAAGCCCGGGCUGGGCGGCGGGGGAAGACACCCAGCCUCCUGCGCGGUUGCAUUGGGAUUUGUUCCCCGGUGAAGGGCUCCGACCUGCCCCCAGGGUCCGGAGGGGGAGGCGGUGAAGGGGAGCAUGACCUGCCCUCCGCCUGGUUCCAGGGAGCGGCGGUGCUAAGGGGGGACGCCAGGCGCCCCGGCAGAGAGCUCUGCCCCCUGAGGACGUGGUCGCCGGAGGAAGGAGGAGAACUGCCCGAUCCCCCUUGGAGCGCUUUUUGCAGCCCCAGAAGGGAGGCUGUCCGCGACAAUCGGUGGAUUUUUAAGGGGCCCCUCCAGCUUUGUGUGGUGCACUCGAUAUUUAUUGCCCCGGCCUAGGUUGGGUUUGUAUUUUCCUUUGCAAUUUUUGUUUUUGGGAAGGGGGGCGAGGUGCAACCCCCAGCCAGCAGCUCGCCUGAACCCCGGCGCCGCUGCCGGUCGGUUUGACUCAGGAACUCUGAUGGCUCCGCGGCGGCAGUCGAGAUGCCCUGGGUGCUGGUGGACGACUGGAGUUUGCUUGCUGGUGGCUUCCCUCUUACCAGGGCUCCGGGCUCAGACCGUCCUGGUCAAUGACACAGUCUCGGGGUUCAUCGGGACGGACGUGGUCCUUCACUGUAGCUUCACCAACCCGCUCCCCAGUGUGAAGAUCACGCAGGUCACGUGGCAGAAGGCCACCAAUGGCUCCAAGCAGAAUGUGGCCAUCUACAACCCCGCCAUGGGGGUCUCCAUCCUCUCCCCCUACAAGGAGCGCGUGACCUUCCGUAACCCCUCCUUUAAGGAUGGCACCAUCCAGCUGUCCCGGCUGGAGCUGGAGGAUGAAGGCGUGUACAUCUGCGAAUUUGCCACCUUCCCAACCGGCAACCGGGAGAGCCAGCUGAACCUCACCGUGCUGGCCAAGCCCACCAACCGGAUGGAGGGCACCACCCGGCCCCUUGUAGCCAGAUCCGGCAAGACGGAAAAGAUCCUGGUAGCCACCUGCAUGUCCUCCAAUGGGAAGCCGCCCAGCACCGUCACCUGGGACACCAAGCUCAAAGGGGAGGCGGAGUUCCAGGAGAUCAAGAACAGCAACGGCACCAUCACGGUGAUCAGCCGGUACCGCCUAGUGCCGAGCCGGGAGGCCCACCGGCAGCAGCUCAUGUGCGUGGUCAAUUACCAGCUGGACCGUUUCACCGACAGCAUGACCCUCAAUGUGCAGUAUGAGCCAGAAGUCACCAUCGAGGGCUUUGACGGCAACUGGUUUUUGAACCGGAAGGAUGUGAAACUGACGUGCAAAUCUGAUGCCAACCCCCCCGCUACCACCUACCAAUGGAGGCUGCUGAACGGCUCGCUGCCUGAGAACGUAGAAGUCCAGAACAACACCUUGUUCUUCAAAGGGCCCAUCUCCUACAGCCUGGCGGGGACGUACAUCUGUGAGGCCACCAACACCAUCGGCACGCGGUCGGGGCUCGUGGAAGUCAAUGUCACAGAAUUCCCCUCCACCCCGCCUCCAAAUGAUGACCGCAAAUCAGUGGCGCAACCGAACAUCCCCACGGCCGUGAUUGGGGGCGUGGUGGGCGGAGUCUCGCUGGUCCUGGUGGUGGCCGUGGUGCUCUUUGUGUUGCUCCGCCGCCGGCGUCACACCUUCAAGGGCGACUACAGCACCAAGAAACACGUGUACGGCAACGGGUACAGCAAGGCCGGCGUCCCGCAGCACCACCCCCCCAUGGCCCAGAACCUGCAGUACCCCGACGACUCGGACGACGAGAAGAAGCCGGGCCCGCUCGGGGGCGGCAGCUACGAGGACGAAGAGGAGGACGCCGGAGGCGAGCGCAAGCUGGGCCUCGCCAACAAGUACGAGGACGACUCCAAGCGACCUUACUUCACCGUGGACGAGGUCGGGGCCCAUCCGGAGCCCUACAGCGAAAGGACACUCGGCUUCCAGUACGACCCCGAGCAGUUGGACCUGGCUGAGAACAUGGUCUCCCAGAACGACGGAUCUUUUAUUUCCAAAAAAGAGUGGUACGUGUAGCUCGCCCCCUCCCCAGACCCCCACUCACGCUCCCACCCCCACCCCCCGCCCUCCAGACCCCGGCCGAGGGCCGUUCGCACACGCAUCGCACGCGCGCGCUCACAUCCAUGCACGUCCACUGCUGCCCGGCCCAAGGGAGCUCGACAGAGACUUGAGACACCUGCCACUCAUUCGGAGGCGACGGGGGCGGGGAGGGAGGGGCUGGUAGCUUUGCUUAUGGAUUGUUUUUUGGGGGGGGAGGUUGUUUUGGUUGGUUUGUUUGUUUUUUUUAAUUUCUCCCACCGACUUUGUCCCCUUCUGUGGUGUUUGUAUUGAUCAGUGGCUUCGGUGUGACUAUUUGCUUUAACUACUACUGCCCACCCUUGUAUAAUAUGCCCCGUUUGUGUCUUAGUGUCUCGAAUCGUCCUUCCCCAAAGAUCCCUCCCGCUCCAUGCCCCCCGAAACACUGGAAUUUGUUUGUAUGUUGUCUUAUUUGGGGGUGAGGGGAGUCCAUGGGAGGGCAAAAAAAAAAGGAGGACCAAGGAGGGGAAAAGCACAAAGCAAUGAAGAUCUAGAUGCCAUAUCAGAUGAAUUUUUUUUUCUUUUUGUUUGUUUUUUUGGGGUGUUUCCAUUCCCCCACAAUGCGCCUGUGACGAGCGAGUCUCAGUGUUAAGCAUGUAAUGAACAAAUAAGAAUCAAAGGAAACUAAGCAAAAUCCAAGGCGCACGGGGCUGUUAUUGGCACAGGGAAAUGGAGCUGCCGUUUCCCUCCUACCAUUUAUUAUCCUUUUACAGUAUUUAAAAACAAGCCAACAAAAAGAAAAGGAAAAGAGAAAGGGGGGAAAAGACCCUGGCCGUGGUGAUGCCGCUGGUCCCUGCUGGGGUGUCCAUAUUGUUUAAAGAUGUGAGGGGUUUUUAGUGUCAGCCAAGGAGGAGUUAAUUUCACCCUGUUUCCGACACGCGUCAUGUCCUCUGCACGUGCCUCCGUGCCACAGUGACGGGGAGGGUUCCAGGAGACACCCCUGUGCCCUGCCUGCAAAGCUGCUGCCGGUUGGCAUGGUGCCACCCAGCCCAGUGGGCGGUUUCUUUAGGGGAGCUCCAAUGGGGGCCUAUGCGUUGACUUCAAUGGGCAUCAGGCCAGGCCCUUUGUAUUUAAACUGCUAGGUCUUCGCGGUCAUCAGUUUACAUCCUUCCCCUUUGUGAGAGUGUUGCCAGCCACGUCUCCCGUAGUAAUGACCCUUGCCCUUAUGGCCACUGAUAGCCUGCAUCAAAUGGCCUCUUUGGAGGCUGAUAGGCCAAGGACUGAUUGAGCCGUGUGCUGAUCUCCUCUCGCCCCCUUGAGAUGUGAUGGGGAGGUUGGAGGGAAGCUUGGGUUGCUGCUACCCCUGCUGUUCUGUGGCUAACUGAGAUUUCAGUCUCCAGGGCUGUCGGUCUGACACUGACCUUCCACCAAGGCAAGAUUUGCUAGGUGUUUGUUUUUUCUGUUCCUUUACCAAAUGGCUAAAUGAAUGAAAAAAAGAUCACCGUUUUCAGAGGUGUAUUAGAAUGGGUUUAAUUCUCCCCCGGUGCCAUACACGGAUUUCAUGCCAUAGCCAUACAACUGGGCAGCAGAAUGGAGACUCGGACCCUUUCUCAUAAUCCGAACCAAAAUCCCACAUCCAGCUUCAGCCAGACUCUGUUCCAAAGCCCGCCCCACGGUUUCUGGCUUGAGUCAGGUACAGUCGGACUUGACCCAGACCAUUCCCUCGACUGAUUGAUUUCGUUCCUACUGUGGGGAUGGGAAAUCAGAUAACUCGGUUGUGAUUGUUCUGGUUUUUCCUGGUGGUUUCUGUACUUCCUGGUGGAAACACCCCAAGAGUGGCUGUUCUUGGGGUGCUUCUUUCCCCAUCAAAAGCAGGAUGUCUUGGAGAUCUCGGGAGAGAUGCUCUCCAGAGAUCUAGCUCAAGGGGUUCAGAGAAGCCAUUAAACUUUAGGGUGCCCAUCCAUCGCUGUCAGGAAACUCCAUACCCAGGGAGACCGAAUUCUACCCUCGCUUCAACAUAGGGAUUUGGGGAUCUCGGUUUUCUCUUUUCGUACUACUGAGCAAAUGCCCCAUCGAAGGAAAUGAAAUCCCCAGCAUCCCUCUGAUUAGGUACCGAUUACUGUUGUAAACCUGCAAGCCCAAAGGGAGUCAAGGCCUCACCGGGUCCUGCCUAGGGAUAGCAGCACAUAUCGGAUGAAGGUGCACCACCGUGAUAUGAGACUCCCAGCACGUGGUGGACACAUGAAGUCCUGGGAUAAAGACAGAGCAGAGGAAGUAACAUUAUACUCCUGCUGGAUCUCAGUCAGACACUUACUCUCCUGCAACCUUGCUGUCACCUCGGGUGGUCUGGUGGUUCUGUACUCUAUGGUGCAUCAUGCAUUAGAGAUGGGCCCUAGCCAAGUUCCCACUUCCAAACAUAUGGGCUUUUGGAGCCAAAUCUCACUGGGAUCAGACUCCAAAAAGGGCCAAGCCAAAAUCCCAGGCCCAUGCUAACCCCAAGCUCUGGGACAUCCAAACUCCAGCUGCAGGUGUGAAUUUGGCCCACGUCUGAAUGUACCCGCUCACACGGGCGAGCCAGAACUUCAUGCAAAACCCCCAGGCCCAGUUGAGCUGCCCUUGUGUCCUGGAUUAACAACCCCAAGCAGCAGGAGCCCCCAAGCCAUGGUCUGGCAAAUUCUCUCACUGCAGAAUCCUGCAGAGUUGCCUCAGGGUAAUCCCAUUCUCAUGUGUUGCUUAUCAGCAAUACACCCUGUUUGCAGAAUCUCUGAUGCAGUGAAUCCCCAGUCAUCCUGUUUCCUUCCCUCGUUCCUUUCCUGAUCAGUUUUCCCGGCUAGCUAGAGCAGGUUGGUGUUAGUCCCUUGUCCUGCUGAGGAGAUCUCUGUUUACAGCCAGAGGGAACAUGGAUACAGAUUCUCAAUGCUGGGAGGCAGGAGGUUCAGUAGGGUGCAUGGAGCCAGAGCCAGCGCAGCAGGAUUUGAUUCCUCUUUGUAAUGGUUUGUUUGCCUGUAUUUGAAAGUGAUAUGUCCCCUGUUUCCAAAUGACAUGGGGAUGGGAUGGCAUGUUCCCUUUGCACGUGGCGUGCAAAUGUGAAGUGAGAUGUGCCCAAACUUCCAUUUGCACGCUCAUGUGUAAAAGCAAAUGAAGUCACCACAACAGCGCAUGCACCCUUUUUUAGACUUGCAUGUAAAUGUGAACUGACCAGACGCAGGAGGGUGUCUCAUUUGCACACUCGCAGGCAGGAGGUGAGGUGUGGUGUGAUGCAGGGAGCUCCCAUUUGCACACUUAGACAGGAAUCCUGCCCUCUCGUUAAUGAUCCAGAGUGUGUGUUUGUGCGAGACUCUCGCACCCAUAGGCAAAGCAAGGGCGCUUUACAGCUAGGGAGACAGACACAUGGCGAUCCAGUGUAAUGAGGAGCAAGGUUACAACCUUGGGCAGACAGAGCAGGCUGUCUCAGGGAGAGGAUAGGGACGUAAAUGUGAUAGAUCAUAGACAGGCGGGUGGCCGUGGGGGAGCGAGGGCUGAGGGGAGACACCAUGGUCAUUGGGAACACCACUAUAGUGCCACACCACCUCCCCGGGGUUAAUGGCUCAUUCACCCACAUGCCCCCUGCAGGGUGUGAGUCAUAGAUUCCAAGACUAGCCGGGACCACUGGGAUCAUCUAGUCUGACCUCCCGUGUAACACAGGGCAGAGGCCUCUUUCUAAAGACUUUCCAGAGCAGAGCUUUUCGAAAACCAUGGCCAGUGAUGGAGACUCCACCGUGACCCUGGGUAAAUGGUUCCCAUGGCUAAUUACUCUGACUAUUAAAUAUCUACGCCUUAUGUCCAGUCUGAAUUUGUCCAGCUUCAACUUCCAGCUAUUGGGUUGUGUUAGACCUGCAGUCUCUGUGACUACACCAGGGCCGGUAGAAAAGAGGAUGGGGGGAAAUGUAUGCAAUGCCCCCCCCAACCGGGGCCCUGCCUGCUUGGCUAGCAGCACUCCUCCCCUGUGAACCAAGCGGGGCCCACCUCCCCUUGCCAUCAGCCCGUCCGGUUUGGGAGCUACACCUCAAAGCUGCUCAUUCCACAGUGUGAGGUGAUCCUAGGCACCCCGCUGACUUAUCCUGUCCCCAUAGCGCAUCAUCAGGGGCAGGCCCGGGCCCUACGGCCAUGGAAAAACCCAGGGCACCUAGCUCCAUCCCCCUCCUCCUCCGAAGAAGGAUGCUUCCGGCUCUCGUUACUGAAAGGGUGACCGUUUAUGGGGUCAGUUAAUUGGACAAGAGUCCCUCAUGUGGCCUUAAUUAGCGAGCCUAAACGAUUCGCCGUUAAUCUAUAGCGAGGAAUAAGUUGCCUCAUGAAAUAUUAUGGAUUGACAAUUUGUCUGAGAGCUGCUGGGAUACAAUAACGAGAUCCAUUCCCUCUCUGGGGUUGAUCUCCAUCCCUGGGAGUCCAACCCUUCUGCUUGAGUUGGGGGGAGCACUCUCCCCCCUAAUUAGGUCGAAGGUGGCUGUCGCGGCAGGAGGGUUGUGAAGGGGAGAUGCGUAGGGGGCUAAACUGAGGACGCUGUUUGUUGUGUGUCCCGGGGCUGCAUGGGAGCUAAUGGUUUAGAACUGGUACUCCGUCCCCACCCCAGCGACUCGAGCCCCACAGCUCAGCGAGGUGGGCCUGCCCACGAGACACACCAGAACUUAGGGGUCUGUUACAGGAGUGGCUGGGUGAGGUUCUGUGACCUGCCAUGUGCAGGAAGUCAGACUAGAUGAUCACGAUGGUCCUUAAAGUCUAUCAGUCUGUGAGCUUUUCGAAGUGCCAGUGGGAUUCCGUCGCCCAACUCCCGUUCCUUUUAAUGGGAGCUGAGCGUCCAAAUCCCCUAGACAACUUUGCUGAUCCCGGCCAAGGCCUCUCUCCUUCCUGAGACGUGGCGCCCUCAUGCUAUGAAUCCGAGGAGACUCUUCAGAGCAGCCAUCUCCCCAUGGCUGCCAAAGGGCCCUCUCCUGCUGGUCCUCUGUGGCCAGGCACGGGCUCUGCUCCUGGGGCAGGAGCAGGCCACGUGGCUAAUGGGUCCGUCUCUGGCAGCGCCUCCUCCCUUAUUUAAUGAGGGCUAUCUGAGCUGCUUCCCAGACCCCAAGGAGGGAUUUUCCCAGAUGAGAACCCAGGCUUCUUACCCCUGGAGAAGGCCAGGAAGAUACAUUGGGGUGGCCUCCACUGCUGAGUAUUACUGAGGGAGGGGGUCUAAUUUCCAGUGGGAGAUCCAGGGCUAGCUGCCCUUAUGGCCAGGGGGAACAAGUUCCUAGGGGGCCGUUUGCAGAGCUAGGGUUUAACGCUCCAAUACAGUCCCCUUUCGAACCUUCCUCUCUGUUAACCAGGCAAAAGAGCACAGAUUUCCAUGGAGGCAGGAGACAAGUAGAUCCGCUCUGCCCCUUCCCGACAGCUUCCUUUCUUGUGUGUUCCUCCUUCCCCUUCCAUCCACAGCCCCUUUGACUUACCCCCAGGGCAGACUAGUGCAGAGGGACUCAGAAACUGCAUUUCUGCUGCUCAGGGGGAGCCCAUUGGCCAAAGGGGGGCAGGAGGCCUUGCACAGGAGUUUGCCUUGCACGUCAUAUUGCACACGUCUCUGCCCACAGGGAAAUCCCAGAGCUUGCUAAAGAUAUCUGGGCAGCCCAAGCCAGCCCUGUGUAAGCAGUAGUUCCUGGAAAGUCCAAGGGGAGAAGGGAUUGUUAGUGCCAGGCAAGGAUAUGGGCACAGAGGUUACAGACAAGCAGCCCGGCCCUGACAUGGUAGCCCAGGAAUUAUUCUCCAUGCAGUUGCUAUAGGGAAAGAGACAAGUGGGGAGAGACAAAGCAUCUGGGACCCAGUAUCACAAUGAGAAGGUGAGGACAGCAGGACGGAAAGGUGACCCUCCUGGUAAAGAAAGGCCUCAUUAUAUGGCUUCCAGGUCAGGAGAUGGCCUGUUGGAGAAAUGAAGGUGAAUUUGGUCUGAGCUACACGCCCGCGUCCCUUUCCCUCCCACAGUGAGCUGCACGCAGGCAGACGUGUCGCCUUCUGCAAACUAAAUUGAGUCUGUAUUAUUCGUAUGAAAACGCCCCAGCUGUUUUCCUGCUGGGGCUUAUGUCUGGGAUUAUCCAUCACAAUUCACCCCAGUGAUGUUAUUUUCCCUGAUUUAAUUACAAGAUUGUUUGGUGGUUUGUUCCUGUGUUUUUGUAAAUCAUUUUUAUUCAAGCCAGAAAAAAACAAAACACAAAACUCCAUCUGAAGUUUUCUUUGGGAAAAAACAAACAAACAAACAAACACACACAAAAACCCAAAUGUUAGAGCUGAAUUGAUUGCAGAGACGGCAGGGACAGAGGAGCCUUUCCUGGCUCAUCGUUGAAAGAAACUCAGCGACUGUUCACCACAGAUCACUGAGGGGGAGAGAGAGAGAGAGUCAGUAUAGCACAUAGAGACAGGAGCAUGAUUAGAAGAAGGGACCACUGGUUCCUUCGUUCUCACACACACAUGCAAUGAGUCUCCCAGUCUCAGCUUGCCAGUCAGUCUGCUGGAGGAGAAGGGCUGAGAGAAAGGGGGGGCGGUCUCCAUUGAGUUUUGUAGGUGGACAAGUUUGUAGCAUGCCAGCAGGGCUUCCCAAACAAAGCGCUGCUUGGAGUUUGCUGUGAAGAAGUUGGGGCUGGGAUCCACUCCCGUCCCAGUUUCUUUUUCCCAAAAGGAAGCAGUGCAAGGCAUGUUGUGGAAGGGCUGGCUGGAGAGAUGCUUCGAGCUUCUCCAGGCCAAGCAGUAGGAAACGCUCUGGAAACAAUGGCCGGUAGAGAAAUGCAAUCCCACCCCAAUCCGACAGCUGUUGGAAAUGCUGGAGAAAUGGUGGGUGUUUGGAAGAGUAGACCAGCAGGAGGGGCGGUGGGGAAUGGUCUAGGAACAUUGAAUGUGCGGCGCUCGUGGCUACCCCAGUCCCAGCCUCUCCCAGCAGGAGGCGCUGUGGGGAACGCUGCCAGCACUGUGUGCACUGAAGCCUCUCCGUAUUCUACGUGGCUUAUGAUAGCACUUUACCCCUCCCCCGGUUUGUGACUUUCUUUUUCUGUUUCGACAUGAUCCGUAGCGAAUUAGAGUGACUCGCUCUGCGUACGACUGCGCUUCCCUGCAGAGCACCCCCUUCCACCGAGAGAGGCAGGGGAGGAGGGGGGGAACAUGGGGGGGGAGGAGAGGAUGAGACUGUGUCAACUUGCUCCCAUCCAAAUCCUGCCUCCGACCGUCAUUCCUGGAACUCACCCCCUCUCUCCACAAAGGGCCAACCUUGCAGCCGUUACUCACCGGAACGAGCCCCGUUGAAGGCGAUGGCACAGUCCGAGAUUCACCACCGUGCCGAAGAGCCAGCACCAGUCCAGGUGCCACGUUAGCCCUUAAAACAGGGUUUAAGUAGGAUGUCCGAGGGGACGGCCCAGCUCCUCAAUGGCGUUUAGGCACCGAACUGCCAUUGAGCUGAGGAUCUGGGCUGAAAGGCCUUGGGGCUGGUCCUCUGCACGGGGUUGAAUUCCAUCCAUGAGCAAAGGUUGCAAGGUCAAGCCCUACAGAAGGGGCUUGUCCCAUACCUUCGCACAGCGCGGCAUCCCAUAUGUGAUCUACUUAAGGGUGAAUGUAAAUGUAAUGACUAUAAGGGGCCAGAUCCUCAGCUGGUGUAAAAGGGCAUCCAUGGAGAGCUGCUGCAGCUGAUCUGGCUGGCUCUUUCUUUACUUUCCAAACAUGGUCCCUUAACUCCAGUGACUUUUUUUUUUUUCUUUCUUGCUGUAAUUAUCAUUGUGGAAUAAAAAAAAACAACCCUAAAAAAAAACAAACCUUGCAUUUUUUUGUAAUCUGUGUUGUAAGUGCUUUUGUAAAAAAAAAAUAAUAAUAAUGUAACGGACUGAAUUUGCUUUUAUGAUUUUUUGUUUUGUUUUCCAUCCUUUGUAAUAAUUUUUGGUUGGGGGGGGGACGUUUUCAUGGUUCUGAUUGGGGGGGUGUUGCUUCACCCUCCCUUUUACUUGUAUAAAAAAAAUUAGUGGCUCAGCUG